GUUACAAACAUCCUUCUUCUUCUACGUUCCUUGCUAUGUGGAGAAAGAAUACUGCUCAAAGGAGAGAAUGUGCCAUGUUCUUUAUGUAAAUCUACUGAUGGCCACCUUAAACCUGUUGUUUGCUUCAAGCUUGGUGCCUCUAACUUUUCCUUUAGCAUUAUUCUUUCUGGUUUGCCAUCUAAACAAGAAAGCAUUUAAUUCCAUGAACCAUCAUCACCUUAAAUCCCCCCCCACGACAUGUAAUCCUUGUGUGUGUUUUUAGCCUCUGUAAGACUGAACAAGAGGGGGAGAGAGAGGGAGGGAGGAUGGUGGCCUUGAAGGUAUUUGGACAGCCAGCAUCCACAGAUGUUGCCAGGGUGCUGACAUGCCUCUUCGAGAAGAACUUGGAGUUCCAACUCAUUCGUACCGACACAUUCAAGGAACAGCGCGAGGUCCCUGAGUUUCUUAGGCUAGAGGAUCCUACUGGUCAAGUAACCUUUAAAGAUGGGAAGCUCAUGACUCUUGUUGAUUCAAGAGAGAUUUGCCGUCACAUUUCGGAGAAGUACCCUGAUAGGGGAAACAAGACCCUAUUCGGGACUGGUGUUCUCGAGAAGGCAUCAAUUGAACAGUGGCUCAAAGCAGAAGCUCUGAUGUUUGACCCUCCAAGCUCGACUCUAGUCUUCCAACUGGCUUUUGCAACACCAUUAGGCUUGCAUCCUGAUCAAUCUUUGAUAGAGAGAAAUGAGAAGAAGCUGGCCAAUGUUCUUGACAUCUAUGAAAGGAGGCUGGAAGAGAACGAGUACUUGGCAGGUGAUGAGUUCACACUUGCUGACCUCUCACACCUCCCCAACGCACACAACCUUGUAACCAAGACACAGAGGGGACGCAAGCUUUUCACUUCAAGGAAGAAUGUGGAGAGGUGGUGGAAAGCAAUCUCAGCUCGGCCUUCGUGGAAGCAGGUGGUCCAAAUUCAGAGUGAGAAUUAAUCCAGGUCCACUUGAGCGAUUGAAGAUUUAAGAGUUAGAUUUGGAUGACUUUGAUUUCUGUGUGGUUUGGCUUCCCUUCAUGUUGUGGCUUCCUUUUGUUGCUGUGGCUUCCUUCCGUUGUUGUGUGUUUGUAAUUAUGCAAGUCUUCUUGACUUGCUUCUCAUGUCAUGGAUAGAGAUCUUCUGUAUCUCACAAAGAAUAAAAGAUAAGAAACGAGGAAUCUGAAGAAUAAUAAGAUAUCAUGAGACAAAUAUUCCUUUUGAGCUA